CUUAUCAAGAUAGAGAAGUGCAGUAAUUAAGAAUCACAUAAAAUAAAAUUAGCUCCAUACAAAAAUGGCAAGGGCUGUUGCACUCAUCUCUGCAUUUUGCAUUUUGGCCCUUGCCGGCAUUGCCCACUGCGCUCCUGAGAAAUUCAACGUUGUGGGCAAAGUCUACUGCGACACCUGCCGUGUUCAAUUCGAGACCAGAAUUAGCCAGAGCAUAAAAGAUGCAGCGGUGCGAUUGGAGUGCAGAAACUUGGAUAACAAGACAUUGACAUACAGCAUGGAGGGGGCGACGGGGGCGGACGGGAAUUACAACUUGACGGUGGACGGAGAUCACGAGAGGGACAUGUGCGUGGUGACAGUGGUGAAGAGCCCAAGAGAGGAUUGCAAGGAGACAGUGAAGGGGUUGGAGAAAGCCAUAGUUGUUUGCACUGCCAACGUCGGAAUGAAGAGCGACAUCCGCCAUGCUAACCCACUCUUCUUCAUGAAAGACUUGGCCGAUGAGCGAUGUUCCAAAGUGUUGGAGGAGAUCGAUUUUCUCCCCGGUCAAACCAUGUGAUCUUCAUUUCUCCCAUCAUCCAUCAACAAACCUUAAUUUGCCCUUUUUAAUGUUACGUUGUCAACAUCAUUGACGUUCUUCUCUAUACAUGUAUGUGCACUCCAUUUGAUUCAAUAAAUUAUUAUAUUCCGUUCAUGAUAA